GCUUUUUCGGAAAUAUUGCCAGAUGGGCCUCCUCAUCAGAGGGAUCCACUAUACUCGUCAUUUUUCAAGUGUGUCGCAAAACCAAAAUGAGUUGUCUCAUUUGACCAAAUUAAUAAAUAUUAGUAAAGCCAGGGCUGAAUACCUAGCUAUAAGGCAUCCCGUUAUUAAGAAAAUGGACAAAACUAAACUGAAAGAGCUAAUAGACACUUUACACGAUUUGGGCUACCCCAAGGAGACAUUAGUUAAAGAGCCAUUGCUAUUCAGCCUCUUACCAAUCACUUUAAGAUAUAGGUACAGAAUUCUAAACGAAUGCGGUAUUACUAAUAUUACUGCUUCUCAUGUAGCAGCAUACCUAAAUCUAGUAAAACAAAAAACAAUUGGAGAGCUAAAAAAAUCAGGUGAAAUACAAAGUAUGAUGAAUGUAGAAAAUAGACUCGCAAGUUACAUGACUCAGUGGCCAACGUCGCUAACGACGCUCAUUAAUGAUGAUGUCAAUAAUUAUACAUUGCAAAUGCUCCGGCUAAGAAUUAUUCAACGAUAUCUGGAACUUGUUUUAGAUUUAACAAAUGAAGAAUUUAAUAGAGGUAUACUUACUUACCCCACUAUUAAACACAGGCCUUUGGAAGUAUUAAAUGAGACUCUGACUAUGUUACAAUCCCAAAUAAUGUUACCUACCCACAAAAUAAAGUCCAAUUUGUACUUAGUCCAAGCCGAUCCUGACAACUUAAGACAAAUCAUUUAUAAUUUUCGGUCAAUAGGUGGCAUUGAUAUAAAAGAAGUUAUUAGACUGCAUCCCAAAGUGGCCACAAAAAAUUUUAGUUCUUUAAUGGCAAUACGAGAAGUUUUGCAGGAAUAUGGAAUCAGUAAUGAGGCACAGAAAAAAUGUUUUGAAAUAUACACCCUUGGGCCAAAUACCAUAAGGGAGAGACUAGAAAAUGCCAAAACCAUACCUGAAUUUAAUGCAUUUUUCAAUCAUCCAAGAUUCCUGAAAAUGAUUUACUUCAACAAGACUGCUAUGAAAAGGCUCAUGACAUUGUACAAUAAUAACAAGAAAUGUUUAAGUCUAAAUAUCCUCUCGGGCAGUUCCUCCAGGUAUGAAGCAUUUGAAAAGGCUCCAGGUGACAGGUUAGGUAAGGGGAAAGACCUAAUUUUUUGCUUAACACAAGCUUUAGGAAGAAACUACACAAGCAGCGAAGUACGUCAAAUCAUAAGAAGACAUCCUUUCUGGAUUAACAUACCCCUUGUUCAGGUGAAAUUUGUGCAUCAACAACUCUCCAAGGAAUAUACCCCUAAAGACAUUUUUGAAAACUGCCCAAUCCUUCUUUAUCCUUGGAAUAAAGUGAAUGAAGCUCUAUCAAUAAUGAAUAAAAGACAAAAACAUGUACAGAAUAAAUCAUUAGAACAUUUAAAUCUGAGUUGUUUAAAUAAUUCUCAAAAACUAAGCUUAGCUUUGUAUUUUUUGGAGAGCAAUCAUUACUUCUCAGGGAAUGGAGUGUGGACUGAAGAGAAAAAUAAACCGGCUCCAAAUUCACUUCAGUUAGAAUCAAGAACAGUUGCCCAACAGUGAUUUUAAGUACCUAAGAUAAUAAAAUGUUCAUGUUUUACUAUCAUGUAUUUUCUUAAUGUAAAUCCCACAAUUGUUUUUCCUUUCAAAUGUUACAAUAAUAAUUAUACUGUGUAAAAAGAAAUUUUUAUUAUAAAUUACAUACAAACUUGCCAACAAGUACAAUCAGCUGUGACUAAAUUAACAUUGAAUUAAAUAAAACAAAGUUAACUGUACUGACAGAUCUAAUUGUAUUCAAGGCCUGUAUAC